AUGAUCAUAUUGGAUUAAUAAAUGAAGGAAAACGAAAAUAUAGAAGAUGAAUCUGAAGAUAAGUAUGAAGUAAAAAGGGAUAUAUUAGAUAAUUAUAUGUACCUUUAUUUCCUAUGAGAAAGAAACCAUCCAUAGGAUCUAAUUAAAUAAAUUCUUAAUCUACAUCAUAAUCAACAUAAAUGCUUACUUAGUUUAGAAGUCUGUAAAAUUCUAAUGAGAAAAGAGAAUUGGAAGUAACAAUAAUUAAAGAACUUAUGAAAGAUAAACGAUCAACUUAAUUCUAUGCUGUGCAAGAUAAUUGGAUUACAUAAUAUAAAUAAUAUUUAUAUCAAAAUGGUCAAAGACCAGGUAUUUUAGAUAAUAAUAACUGUACUUAAUAUAUUAUAGUAAAUGAGGCCAUCUGGAUAUUUUUUAAAUAAGAAUAUUAAGCUCAUCCAGAUAUAAUUUGUAAAUAAAAACAUUCAAGAACUAAUGAUAAAAGAUCGAAAACAGUUGAACCUAUUGUAAAUCCUUAAUCUGUCUCUACUUCUUAAUCAACUUAUGAAUUGCCACUUAUUGGAAUGAAAAAUGAUUCCUACUAUUGUUAUAUGCAUUCAGGAUUAUAAUCUUUAUUAAGUAUUGCAGAUCUUAACUACUUUAUUAUUAAAUAUAUUCAAAGAAUUUCUAAAUAAUAAAUCUUUGAUAAAAGAAAGUUUAAUACUCUUUCAUUUACCAAAGCCUAUUUUGAUUUAAUUGAUUAAAUCAAAUCUAAUACUUUUCCUAUUAAAAUUAAUCCAAUUAAAACAUUUAUAAUUAAUCAGUUUCAUCCUAAAAAUUAACAUGAUUGUCAUGAAUUCUUACUUUAUUUGUUGGGGCAUAUAGAAGAUGAAAUUUUAAAUUUUAAUAAAGAAACUAAAUCUACAUAUAUAAAUUUUAUUGAGUAAAUCUUUAAAGGUAGCAAACUUUAUAUUUAAUAGGAAAAAUUUAGACUACAAUUCUAUGUCAACUGUGUAAAAAUAAAGUCAAAUAAAUUGAACCAUUUUUAACCUUAUCAUUAGCCAUCUCUUAAUCUAAAACUCUUGAUUAAUGUUUGGAUGAAUUUUUAAAAGAAGAGACACUUCGAGAUUACUAAUGUGCAAAAUGUUAAUCAUUGUGUAUUAAGACCUUAUAAGUUGUAUCUAUUCCAUAAAUACUUGUAUUGCAUUUAAAAAGAUUCUAAUUUAUGCCAUAAUGUCAUAAAAAUAACAAAAAUAUAACAUAUCCUAUUGAUAUUCUAAAUUUUGCUAAUCGAACAUUUAGACUUCGGGCAGUCAUUGUGCACACUGGCAAUUUAUAAUCGGGUCACUAUUUUACUUUUGCUAAAAGAUAUCAUUAAUGGUUUUUAUUUAAUGAUGAAACUGUCAAAGCAGCUACCAAAAAAUAAGUGCUCCUGUAAGCAGCAUAUAUCCUUUUCUACUAAAUUAAUGAAAAUCCAUGA